AUGUUAACAAUCAAUCGCGCACUUGUACUCCUGGCCCUCGCGCAAUCUGCUCUGGCAGUAGUGAUAGCUCGAGACGAUGGCGUCCAGCUACAACCUCCGGGAGGAGCCAACUACAAAGAUAUCAAUGAUGGUUCUAAAAUCGGUGAUGAUAUGGCUAUCAAAAUAGCCAUAGCGGCAGUUGUUCACAACCCACCUUUUCAUUGGGUCGAAGAUCAUAUCCUAGAUCUAGAUAACGGUAUCAACGAGGUAGGAGUUAAGACGACCAAAGCUAGUUUCUUGCUUCAUCCAAGUGAAGAUGAAAGAAAGACCUAUCAAUAUGGUGUUGAUGAUAUGAAAGAGAAAUUUGAUGAAGGCGGAUUACAGACUAAUUGGUGGUGGCAGGGAUUGGAUGCUGCUCUGAAUGAAUUAUUAGAUGAGAACAAUGAAGAUAAGAAUGAUAUAGAGAAAAGUAUGAGAUACCUUACUGGACAACCGACCGAAAAGCUAGAUAAUUUACCUUCGGACGACGAUUAUGUUCAGAGUGUUAAGAAGGAUAACGCAGUAUUACUCAACGGGUCGAGAAAGAAAGUUGUAUUGGAAGUGAAAGGAGAAGAUACUGACGAUGCAAAGAUAACGAGUGUAGAGAUGUCAGGUGCUAAAUUGGUACAAGCCGAGGAGACUGCGAAGGAUCUGAGGAAAAUGGGAUUUGAUACCAUCAUCUAUCUCAAACCGCUGGAGCCUUAG